UGACUUCCGUCAACAAUUGGUCUAAACCCGGAAACAGACCGGGUGUCAUGUGAUUUUCGCGUCUGUGGACUAUGUAGCGCUUCUCUGCUGCAUGUAAACUUAUUUAAAGCAGCCAUCGAGCGGAUAACACGAUAAUAAAACCAGCAUGGCCGAUGAUGUGAAGCGUUUCCUCUACAAACAGCUGCAGAGCGUUGAAGGUCUUCAUGCUAUUGUGGUGACGGACAGGGACGGCGUCCCCGUUAUCAAAGUUGCCAAUGACAACGCCCCGGUCCACGCCCUGAGACCCGGCUUCUUGUCCACCUUCGCGCUGGCCACAGAUCAAGGCAGCAAGCUGGGCCUCUCCAAGAACAAGAGCAUCAUCUGCUACUACAACACCUACCAGAUCGUGCAGUUCAAUCGGCUUCCUCUGGUCAUCAGCUUCAUCGCCAGCAGCAGCGCCAACACAGGUCUCAUCAUGAGCCUGGAAAAGGAGUUGGCUCCACUAAUAGAGGAGCUGAGGCAGGUGGUGGAGGUAACAUAAACUCUGUUGGUGAUCCACUACAGGUCCUCCAAUGAAGACAGCUUCCUCCUCCUCAUCAUCAUCAUUUCUGUCUUGAAUGAUGUGUUCAUGUCCAUUUGUUAAAUCUUUCUGCAGUUUGUAACAGUGACGAUGUGAAGUAUAGACACAUGUGUUCUCAUCAUAAUGGAACAUAAAAACUUUUAACUUUUUUCAGUCUGAAUAAAUCUUUCUGUUGAUGCAA